AUGUCGCUCCUCUCCUCCUCUCUCGGCCGCAACGCCGUGCGCGCCUCGGCGCUCCUGCCCGCCGGCGCCGCCUCGGCCGUGGCAAAGGCCAGCUUUAGCUCCAGCAGCGCCGUCGCCGCGCACAAGGAGGUCAAGUUCAGCAACGACGGCCGCGCCGCCAUGCUGCGCGGCGUCAACCUGCUCGCCAACGCCGUGUCGGUGACGCUCGGCCCCAAGGGCCGCAACGUGAUCAUCGAGCAGGCGUACGGCGGGCCCAAGAUCACCAAGGACGGCGUCACCGUGGCCAAGAGCAUCACGCUCAAGGACAAGUUUGAGAACCUGGGCGCGCGUCUCGUGCAGGACGUCGCCAACAAGACCAACGAGGUCGCCGGCGACGGCACCACGACGGCCACGGUGCUGGCGCGCGCCAUCUACGCCGAGGGCGUCAAGAACGUCGCCGCCGGCUGCAACCCGAUGGACCUGCGCCGCGGCUCGCAGGCCGCCGUCGAGGCCGUCAUCCAGUUCCUCGAGAGCAACAAGCGGGCGGUGACGACGAGCGAGGAGAUCGCACAGGUCGCCACCAUCUCGGCCAACGGCGACCGCCACGUCGGCCAGCUCAUUGCCACGGCCAUGGAGAAGGUCGGCAAGGAGGGCGUCAUCACCGUCAAGGAGGGCCGCACGCUCGAGGACGAGAUUGAGAUCACCGAGGGCAUGCGCUUCGACCGCGGCUACAUCUCGCCGUACUUCAUCACCGACGUCAAGACGCAGCGCGCCGAGUUUGAGAAGCCGCUGAUCCUCCUGUCGGAGAAGAAGAUUUCGCUGCUGCAGGACAUUCUGCCGAGCCUCGAGGCGGCCGCGCAGGCGCGCCGCCCGCUGCUCAUCAUUGCCGAGGACGUCGACGGCGAGGCGCUUGCGGCCUGCAUCCUCAACAAGCUGCGUGGCCAGCUGCAGGUGUGCGCCGUCAAGGCGCCGGGCUUCGGCGACAACCGCAAGAGCAUCCUGGGCGACCUCAGCAUCCUCACCGGCGGCACCGUGUUCAGCGACGAGCUCGAGACGAAGCUCGACCGUGCCACGCCCGAGCUGCUCGGCACGGCCGGCAGCGUCACCAUCACCAAGGAGGACAGCAUCUUCCUCAACGGCGAGGGCGACAAGAGCGCCCUCGAGGCGCGCUGCGAGCAGAUCCGCAGCGCCAUCAACGACACGACGACGAGCGAGUACGACCGCACCAAGCUGCAGGAGCGCCUCGCCAAGCUGAGCGGCGGCGUGGCCGUCAUUCGCGUCGGCGGCUCGAGCGAGGUCGAGGUGGGCGAGAAGAAGGACCGCUACGACGACGCCCUCAACGCGACGCGCGCGGCCGUCGAGGAGGGCAUCGUGCCGGGCGGCGGCACUGCGCUGCUCAAGGCCACGCAGGCCCUCGAGGCGCUCAAGCCCGCCAACUUCGACCAGCAGCUUGGCGUGUCGAUCAUCCGUGCGGCGCUCUCGCGCCCCACGCGCCAGAUCGUCGAGAAUGCCGGCGAGGAGGGCUCGGUGGUGGUGGGCCGUCUGCUGGAGAACCCGGGCGACUUUGCCUACGGCUACGACGCCAGCGUGGGCGAGUACAAGGACAUGAUUGCCGCCGGCAUCCUCGACCCGCUCAAGGUGGUGCGCACGGCGCUGCAGGACGCCAGCGGCGUCAGCUCGCUGCUCUUCACCAGCGAGUGCUGCGUCGUCGAGGCGGAGGAGGACAAGCCGGCACCGGGCGGCAUGGGCGGCAUGGGCGGCAUGGGCGGCAUGGGGUGA